CAAGGUGCUCCAGUCACGAGGUUGGCACCCUUAGGAAAAAAUUCCCCAUGAAUGUAACCUCAAUGUUUCAUUUGACGUUUCAGAAAUCGUAAUGAAAUUUGUGAUUUUCAACAACUGUGACAGUCGUGAGAAUGAACUUGUGAAUCGCGAAUGACGCACGAGAGCUCUCCAAGCGACUUGCUUGGUUCAAAUUAAAUGAAUGGCAAGGAUCGUCGUUAGCAACAUGGUUAGCAAGGUUACAAGAAGAGACAUUGGUCAGAAAUAACCAGAUGAAACCAACGAACAUUUCUUGAUUGGAUAAAUGCGUGUUUUUGUGCGUUGUAUUGAUAAGUGGAUAAAAAUUGCUGCUAUUACAAAUAAGUGCUAUCAAGAUUGAUCGGUUCGCUGCUGGACCAAACUUCGAGAAAGAGACGUAAGAUGAACACCGAUGGACCCGGCGUAACAUCAGUAGAAAUGUGCGUAAGACGCGCAUCAAUAUGAUUCAGAAUUGAAGACGUCUACAUCAGAUUCCAAAUUGGGAGACCUGAGAUAAUGAAAGCUCGCUGAUCCGUAGCCUGUUUGGAGUAACACGAUAAGAAAUCGCGUGAAUGAUCGCUAAAUACCACUCCCAAAAUGUUAAUAAAAGAGUAUCGGAUACCUCUGCCUUUGACGGUGGAGGAAUAUCGCAUAGCUCAACUUUAUAUGAUAGCGAAAAAAUCUCGCGAGGAGAGCAAAGGUGUCGGAAGUGGUGUUGAAAUUUUAGUCAACGAACCUUACACCGAUGGCCCAGGAGGAAAUGGACAGUACACUCGUAAAAUAUACCACGUUGGUAGUCAUUUACCUGCUUGGUUCAAAAGUUUGCUGCCUAAGUCUGUAUUAACUACGGAAGAAGAAGCUUGGAAUGCUUAUCCAUACACAAAGACACGUUACACUUGUCCGUUUGUUGAAAAAUUUUCUAUAGAAAUUGAGACCUACUAUUUUUCGGACAAUGGAUAUCAGGAGAAUGUGUUCAAAUUAUCAGGAAGUGAUUUGAGGAAUCGAAUUGUAGAUGUCAUUGAUUUGGUCAAAGAUCAACUAUACGGUGAAUAUGUGAAGGAGGAAGAUCCGAAAUUAUACGUAUCUGAAAAAACUGGACGUGGACCACUGACGGAAUCAUGGCUGGAAGAAUACUGGGCAGAUGUCAAGGGGAAGUCUCAGCCAACCCCGUCAGGAAAAUCCUUGAUGUGCGCCUACAAAAUAUGUCGAGUAGAAUUUCGUUAUUGGGGAAUGCAAACGAAGUUGGAAAAAUUUAUUCAUGAUCAUGCGCUCCGAAAAACAAUGGUACGCGCUCAUCGUCAAGCUUGGGCCUGGCAAGACGAAUGGCAUGGCUUAACCAUGCAAGACAUAAGAGAAAUCGAACGACAAACACAGUUAGCAUUACAGCGUACGAUGGGACUCGGAGAAUCCGGAGAAGAAGCUGCGGACGAUGAAGAUCAAGUUGGAUCAAGUAGCACAGUAACCACACCUCAAGAUAAGGACGUUGCUAAAACUUUAGCUGCUACUUUGGGAAGUAUAGAGAAAAAUGAAGAUCCUCAGAGCCCGCCAUCCCUACGGAAGCAAUCCGAUAUUCCAAUUAUUAAUACAGCCAUUAGUUCAGAAGGCGAGAUAAGCCCUGAAGAUUCACCUACAGAAUUAACGGCACCAAGACUUGUUGAUGAGAGACAUAAUGUUAAAAAGGCGUGGAAGAGAAGCAACCCUUCACUGCAUUCGCCGAGUUCAGCCAAAAGUUUCGAUAUUCAAGUAGCCAAUUGGCGAAUGGAGAGUAUUGUUAGAGAAUCCGAAUCUGGUAGCGAGGAUGAAUAUUUUGAUUGUCAAGCUGGGUUCAUAAUACCUACUAUCCACAAAGAGGACUUUGGAGAUAGUACGUCAUUAGCUAAAUGGAGUUCUUUGGAUCUUCUAGCUGAAGAGGAUGACACCGUCUCUCCCACCGCCAUAACGAGCAAUAAGCAAGAAGAUACAAUAUUCUCUCAGUCAUAUUUGCAACGUGUUGCGAGCGAGAGAAGUAACAAACGGUUAUACAUUAGAUCUUCAGCAAGUAUCGACGUAUCCUGUCCUGCUUCACCGCAACAUUCUCCAACUAAUCAACCAUGUAGGACAACCGUUCUACUAAUCGUUUUACAUGCUGGAAGUGUGCUAGAUGCUAACGUUGACUUGACAGCCAAAAAAUCUGACAUCACAACAUUUAAAGGGGCAUUCGAAUCUGUUAUGAGACAACAUUAUCCCAGUAUGGUUGGUCACAUUGCAAUUAAAUUUGUUUCUUGUCCCUCAAUAUGCACCGAAGGUCUCUGCAUAUUGUCAAGUUUAAGCCCAUACAGCUUCGACAUGUCACCAUCUUGUACCGAUGCUCCACAAGUUACACAUGAUACAAUUCCUAUAGGAUCGAUUCCAUUGCUGGCCAGCUCUUCUCCAGAUUAUCAGGAUGCAGUAUCGCGAGUGGUUAGUGGGGCGAAUCAAGUAUAUCAAGAGUUUAUCAAAAGUGAAGAGGGUCGGGGAUUUAAUGGACAAAUAUGCUUCGUUGCUGAUUCAGUCGGUUCGAUAUUAGGCUACGAUACAUUAUGCCGGUCCUCGCAAUACCAAUCUCGGCAUGACAGUGAAAAUAGUAUUUUAGAAAAUGACAAUCAAGUCGGAGAAGACAAUGAUGGAAAUGAAGAUGGUAAACAUUUAUCAGCUCCCUCUCCAAGGAGAAGAUCAUCUUCGACGAGCGAUAAUUCCCACCACUGCAAAUUAGACUUCGAGGUUGGUGAAUUUUUCAUGUUCGGAAGUCCCUUGGCUCUUGUCUUAGCAUAUAGAAAAAUAUCCUGUACCGGAGACAAAAAUAGUAACAUUCCUAGGCCAUUGGUAAAUCAAGUUUACAAUUUAUUUCAUCCAACCGAUCCAGUGGCUGCUCGCCUAGAACCUUUGAUUUCUGCAAGAUUUUCACUUCUCCCUCCAGUUAACGUUGCUCGAUAUCAAAAGUAUCCGCUCGGAAAUGGGCAACCAUAUCACUUAUUGGAGGCAGUCCAAACUAAUCCGCAAUUAUUUGUCGAUGGUUUGAACGUGCCCAGUACACCUAUGUCACACAUGCGAAGAAUGUCAGAGAUAUCACUACAAAGUACUAUAUCUGGAGUUGUUGAUAAUUUACCACUGCAAGCGAUAUCAGCCCUGACGCAAAAAUGGUGGGGAAAUAAAAGGAUAGAUUAUGCUUUAUACUGUCCCGAGGGUCUCGCGAAUUUCCCAACAAAUGUCUUACCUCAUCUAUUCCAUGCCAGUUACUGGGAGUCUUUCGAUGUGAUUGCUUUCAUACUACGUCAACUCGGAAGAUUUGAUCUACCCAUACUAGGUGGUGAAGAAAAAGAUCUUACAUGCUUCCGUCCAGGGCAGCCUAGAGAAAAAUGGAACAAAAAACGAACGUCCGUUAAACUUAAGAAUGUAGCCGCGAAUCAUAGAGCAAAUGAUGUUAUAGUGAGAGAAGGUGCUCCUCAAGUAUUAAUUGCAAGGUUUAUGUAUGGAUUCUUGGACAUGAUAGCAUUAACAGGAGAAAAAGUAGAUAUACAUAUUAUGAAAGAUGCGCCAGCAGGUGAGUGGACAUACUUGUCGACUGAAAUAACGGAUAAAACUGGAAGAGUAGCAUAUAAAAUUCCUCCCGAAAAAGCAUUUGGCUAUGGAAUGUAUCCCGUGAAAAUGGUUGUGCGGGGUGAUCACACGUCAUUAGAUUUUUUUAUGGCUGUGAUACCACCGAAAACAGAAUGUGUUGUAUUCAGUAUUGAUGGCUCCUUCACCGCUAGUAUGUCAGUUACGGGAAGGGAUCCAAAAGUCAGAGCCGGUGCCGUCGAUAUAGUGAGGCAUUGGCAAGAAUUGGGCUAUCUCAUUAUCUAUAUCACCGGAAGACCUGAUAUGCAACAGCAAAAAGUCGUAUCCUGGCUGUCGCAACAUAACUUUCCUCAUGGCUUGGUAUCAUUCGCCGAGGGAUUAUCUACCGACCCUCUCCGACACAAGGCUGCAUAUUUAAAUACGUUAAUACAGGAACAUGGAGUGUUGAUUCAUCUAGCUUAUGGCAGUAGCAAGGAUAUAAGUGUCUACACCGCAAUAAACCUUAAACCAAAUCAAAUUUUCAUAGUUGGAAAGGUGUCUAAGAAGCAUCAUGCUCUCGCUACUGUGCUUCAUGAAGGCUAUGCUGCUCAUUUAAGUGCUUUAACAGCACUUGGCGGAUCAAGACCUGCACAGGGUAAUGCUCGCAUGGUAAUCCCCAGAAGUCAAUUUGGGCUCCCUGGUCAGAAUGCAUCAUUACGCCGGAGAAGCUCUUUCAGAUCAGCAAAACGUGCGAUAUCACAUCCGUUGGCUGGUGAAGUAUGCGUUUUGGAAAGAAGUACGAGUGUUGGGCCACCGUCAUCUUUCCGAACCCCUCCUCAAAUGAACAGAACAGCAGCGCAGGAUAAACUCUGACGAUUCGCACGCUGUCGCUCAUUUUUCGAGUCACGACAGCAAAGUCAAAUUGAAAAGUAGGACGUUAACGAUUGUGUAACCGAGUGGUUGCUGCCAACCGACGAUCAAAUUUUUUACGUUGUCAACAUACGUACUUAUUUUUUUAUUGUCUACACAAGAACUAGCAAAUAUUUAAGCCCUUCUACCAUAACUCUUAAAAUAGGUAUAUGUCAGUUUUAUGUUUGACUUUUCAUGACUAAUUUUCAACAGUAGCCGGUUAGCUAUACGCUUAUAUGUCCUCUACUUAUUUAUAAAUUUGUUUCACUGAUGAGAUAAGUAAUGUAUCGGAAGCAGUGAUUCAAAGAGAUAUUAUGAAAUGAAGAGUAGAAAUAUUUAAUUGACUUAAUUGUCGAUGAACAGACGUCAGUCUGGCUAUGAUUUGAUAAAUCAUGUAAUGCGAAAUAUUACAAAAGAAUUUUGAUAAUCAAGAUCCUAAAAUUUCCAACCAUUCUUAAAACACGUAUGUAUAACUAUAAAGCUAAUUUAUCAUGAAUGGCAUCAAUGCACUAUAGCAAGUAAGUUGUGAAAACUUGUUGAAACUGUUACCUGAAUCUCCCUGUUGUUAUUAAGGUAAAAUAUUCUUAUUCAUGAUGUUAUAUAGUAGAGAUGAUUUAUGAUGAUUUGAGUAUCAUUAAAUAAUAUCCUGAGGUGAAAUUCAGCCUAAGUUUUGGACGUGAUGUUGGUUUGAUGAAGAACAUUCAAGCAUUUCAAGUAAUUAGAAAAAUUCACUUAAGUAUGCAGAAAUCAAAUGCAAAAUCAUUAUCUACCAAACCGUCGUAAAAUCAUUGCUGUUAGAGCGAAAAUAGAAAAAAUGCGAGUUGUGACUCGGUGGGACCUUAUCAAAACUGCAAACAACAAAUCAAUAAUUGUUAUAUAGUCAAAUUGGGUUGAAAUUUAACUAUUGUUGGAUAAUUGAAUAAUGUAUCAUAUAACUGAAUUAGAUGAAAUUUGUUUGAGAAGAUAGAUCUGUAAAAGCACGACGAUAGUAUGAAUACGUAUCAAUGAUAUUUAGUUGUUCAUCCAGGUGUGUCAUGUAUGGUUCUACCUCCAUAUGUACUUUGUUGUUAUUAUGUGCGUCAUUGUAAGACUAAACAAUCUAUAGUCCAGAAAUCUGCAGUUGGCUAUCACCCGAAUUGAAAUUCGAUAAUUUUGAAAUUCGUUAAAAAUCCUGAGAGCAAAGUCUCGCUUACGACUGUAGAUGUUCUUUCUUUUUAAAUCUGUAAGUUUUUAUUUGAUCCAAGUCACCUAAUUGCCAAGAUCGUAUUUAGAAAUUCAGAACACCUCUAUAACCCGUGUUGUAUUUGCUAUGGCAUAUUCAAUACUGCGAUGUAUAAAACGUGGACACCAUACGUAUUGACUGUUUGUAUCCUAAACUUUAGUAAUAAGGUACAAAGGUAGAUCUAUAUAUCUAUAUAUAUGUAUAUAUACAUGUAAUAUAAAGAUAUAUAUACAUCUAUAUAUUCCUAUGUCCAUACGUAAUUGCAAAGUAUUUUAAUUAUGUAAACGAAGGAUUACAAUGAGUGAUAAUAAAAGUUAUAUUUUUGUUAGUCCAACUCAAAUAAUGUUAUAACUGUUAAGUGAAUAAUGUGAUUCUUCAACAUAACUUUGUUUUCCUAGGAAAUGGCAUUUGUUUCACCACCUCAACGUAUUAAUAUUAUUUCAUCGGCAAGUUGUCUAAAAGAUGGACAAAUUGAGUCUAUCCAAAAUCUGUACAUGUACUUGAAUUUUCAUAGAAAAUCCCAAUAAAUUUGAAACGAUAGACGCUUA